AUGGACUAUUGUAGCAUUAGUUUUGAUCGCAAUAAAUUGGACCUACAGGAAAUUGAAAUUUAUACGGAUGGCUCUGGCUUCGAGGGGGCAGUCGGUUCAGCCUUUGUUGUCUAUUUUUAUGGACUUGAGAUACAUGUAGAGAAAUUUAAAAUGUCUGAAUAUAAUUCUGUUUAUCAGGCUGAGAUGGCUGCUUUGAGGGAAACUCUUAAUUGGAUAUUAAGAGAACUUACUAAGAGACACUGUAUACAUAUAUACUCAGAUGCCCUAUCUGUGCUAACGGCUCUCUCCCGGCCAGAGCCUAAAAAUGAAAUUUUGGAGGACAUUAAAGAUCUGUUUAAAAGAGCAUUAGGAUAUCAUGUUAUCCAUGUUCACUGGAUUAAGGCACAUAUUGGACAUUCUGUCAAUGAGAGGGCGGACGCACUGGCAAAGGAGGCUGCCCUGGGGGAUGGUAUGGAUUAUUUUGAUGUAAGACCGGUAGAAGAAAGAUGA